CAGAGUAAAGUUGUAACGUAUAUCGUCAGCUCUUGCCAUCGGACUCUCUCGACGGAGACUUGCCGAACAUGCCCGUAACCCGCAGCGGUUGAUGAUGUGCAUGCCAGAAGUCGUACGCCAACCUUCUCUGACGACGAAUGAUCCCCAGCAGCAGCAACAGUGAAAUACACGAUGGACGAGCAGCAGCAGCAACAACAACCAAAGCUGACCUGGAGUAGCAGCAAUUUCAGUGGGCCCAGUGAACUCGAGCCGAUGGAACAGCCACUCGAACUGGGUCAGGAAGCCGAGGAUGAGGCCGAGAGUGAAUCCCGACUAGUCACCAUCGGCAGCGACGACGACGACGCUACUCGUCGUAAGAGUUGGAACGAGCUUCGGGGUGUCGUCAGUGACCUACGCAGGCGGUUCUCCGGCAUGUCCGCGGGCUCGGUGCCUGGAUCCGUCACCUUCAGAACUUUACCUGACGGCAGGAUAAGAGUUUAUUUUUUAAGUACACCACCCAAUGGUUGGGAAACAACCCUGCUAUACGUUGAUAUUGCUCAUUCCGAUCACCCAAAUGGUUACAGACUACAGUGGCAGCUUGUAAUAGAAGCUAACUUUCAAAGUAUUUUCAGUGCCAAUCAGCUAACCAAGGAGGAACAACUGCUUUGGGAAAGGAAAAGACUAGCCACUUGGGGCAUCAUAAGCUACGAGAUUCAUGCAGAAAGCGGAAAAUUAGUAUUUCCUGCUGCAAGUAGCCUUUAUCAAUGUGUGGAUACUGGAUUUAUGCCUGGACCAUUGUUCCCAUCAGAGCUCAGAAUGUCUGUUGCUGGCGCUAAACUAUGCCCCCAAAUUUGUCCUUGGAAUCAUGCCUUAGUAGCUCAUACUUGCUCUGGAGAUAUAUACUUGUCCCACAGUAUAACAGGAUCUUCAAAACGUUUAACAAAUGCAAGGAAAGGGGGCAGGAGUUUAGCCGAAGAUCCUCUCAGUGCAGGAACCCCGUCGUACGUGAUGCAAGAAGAAUUCAUGAGAUACAUUGGUUAUUGGUGGCAGCCCAAAUCUUCUGAUGGAGUGUAUAGAAUAGUUUACGAGGAAGUGGAUGAAAGUGAUGUCAAGAUAUUUUGUUUUCCAUCUUCAGAUAAUUCACAUGAUGUUGAUGAGUUCAGAUUUCCAAGAGCAGGAACGAACAAUGCAAGAAGCAAUUUAAAACUAGUGCAAUUCAAAGUGACAGAAUCAUCGCAGAUUAGUGAUGUGGAAACGCUUGAAUUGCAGUAUCCAUUGCACAUUAUGUUUCCUUGGAUGGAAUAUAUGGUCAGAGCAGGAUGGAUGCGGGAUGGUCAACAUGUUUGGGUUCAACUGUUGGACAGAAAGCAACAGAGAAUAGAACUUGUAUUGUUAUCUAUAGAUAAUUUUUGUGAACCACCACCUAAUGUAUAUAAUUCAGAAAAUCAUUUCACGCCAUCAUCGGCUAGUGUACAAGUGAUUCAUUCAGAAACAAAUUCUAUUUGGAUAAGUGUCAACGACUUGCUUUACUUUCUGCCAUCCGAUGACCCAACAAAAGUCAAAUUUAUUUGGGGAAGUGAAGCAACAAACUUUAGACAUUUGUAUCUCAUUACGUCUAGUAUAGCAGGUCUUGGUAAUGGAGUGGAAGAAUCUUCAGAUCGACCAGACAGCGUAUUUUUACAGCCGCGUAAUACAUCUAAAGUGGCCUUGACACAGGGCGAUUGGGAAGUACUUGGAAAAGAAUUAUGGGUAGACGAGACAAAUUCGAUUGUUUACUUCAUUGGAUUAAAAGAAGGUCCACUUGAACAGCACGUCUAUGCAGUAUCUCUUCACCGUCCACUAGAGAUAAGAUUACUUACAAGACCUGGCUACAGUUACAGCAACGUGUACUUUAAUAAAGAGUGUACAAUGAUGGUAGCAGUUUAUAGUUCGACAAAAUCUUUACCUGCCUGUCAGGUAUUCCGAAUAUCACAAUCAGACUGGACAGUCGAAAGUAUUUCUCUUACUCCUGUUGGGUAUCUAUUAGAACCAUCAACGCCGGAAUCUGAUCUUUUUGCUCCAGAAAUUUUUACUUGUAAAAUUUCGUCAAAUGAUACAGUAUAUUCAAUGAUUUUCAAACCACAUAAUUUCAAACCUGGUACGAAAUAUCCGACUAUUUUGAAUGUGUAUGGUGGUCCAGAAGUACAAUUGGUAUCAAAUACAUUUAAGGGAAUGCGACAUUUACGAAUGCACAUGCUGGCAGCCCAAGGCUAUUGUGUGGUUUUAAUUGAUUCACGAGGCUCUAAUCACCGAGGACUUUUGUUCGAAAGUCAUUUACAACGGAGAAUGGGCACCGUCGAGCUUGAUGAUCAAGUCGAAGUUUUGAAAUGGUUGGCAAAAACAACUGGUUACAUAGAUUUAAAUCGCGUUGCAAUUCAUGGCUGGUCUUACGGUGGCUAUUUAAGUCUUAUGGGUCUAAUUCAUCACCCUGAUGUUUUUAAAGUAUCGAUUGCUGGUGCCCCAGUGACUUCUUGGUACUUUUAUGACACAGGUUACACUGAACGAUACAUGGAUUUGCCUCAAAACAAUAUGCACGGUUACACCAAUGGCUCCGUUUUGACGUAUGUUAAUAAAUUUCCCGACGAAGAAAAUAGAUUGCUCAUUAUUCAUGGAUUAAUAGAUGAAAAUGUACACUUUUAUCACACGAGUCAACUGAUUAAUGCUCUUGUAAAGACUGGUAAGCCCUAUCAAUUGCAAGUCUACCCAAAUGAGAGACACAGUCUCCGCAGUUUGGAUGCUAGCAAGCACUAUGAGACAACCAUGCUAUCUUUUCUACAAAAUCACUUGUAAAUUUGCGGUAGUUUUCUAUUUUAUAGAUAUUCUUUACUUCGUUAGACGACAAAAGAAGAAAGAAUCGUUGUUAAAGACAACACGCAUGAGACUGCCGGAAUUUUGUGUACAUAGAAUAUGAACUCUGAAAGGUUCAAUCUUACGGUUUUUAUCGCUAUACUAUUUUUGAAAUGGGCGAUUGUUGACUUCUAAUCAAGACGAGAUUUUCUUUAAAGACUUAACAGUAUUACAAACAGAAAUGAACGUAUGAAAUAUUUUCGGUAAUUUUUGCUGCAGUAAUGCAAUACAGGAAAGUUUUUACAACUUUCUGUUAUUUCGAUUUUAACAAGAUUUUUGGCUAAGAAUCGUACAGGGUUUUGCAAUAAAAAUCAAGGUUUUCUCUUCAAUGUCAAUCAUGUUUAAAGAUAAUAAAAGUUUUUAUUUCAGUUUGUAAAUUGUCUACAUACGAUGGAGGUAGGCCCUAUUAUCGUUCCAUCAUUAUAAAUUGUAAAAAAAAAUUUUAUAACAAUGGACAAUACUCGCAAUUCCUUUGGAUAAUCUGUAUUUACAUGAAAAAAUGAACAAUGUUAGAUUCACACUUGGACUUUUUUUUUAGUCAUAAUUUUUAACUGUACUUAUUUACAGAUAAUUGUGUGCCUGUGUUUAUACACGACUGAUUAUUUACAUUAUUAAAAAAACUCAAAGUGUUUGUAAAAGGCAAUCGACUUUGCUAAAUGCUGUAAUAGAUUAAUUAUGCAAGGAUAAAGUUGCGAGAGAGGCAAAUAUUUAAUGUAAUUUUGCAAUUGAUAAAUAUCUUAUAUGGCUAGUUAGGACAUGAUUUUUAAUUAAUAAAUUUACUAUUUUAUGAAUAUGUUACAAAUUACUUUUCUAACAUCAUGAGCUUCCUGCUGGUUAACCAUAUGAGGUCCACUUGCCAUUUGAAUAAAAGAGAACUCAAAGAAUUACGUGAAUUUAUUAUAAAGAAUGAAAAGCAUAACAUGUAAGGU